AUGGCGCCGACUAAGGGCUCCGGCAGUGGCAAGGCCUCGAACAAGGGCGACGCAAAGAAGAGCAAGCCUCUCUCGUCCGCAUCGAAAGUGAACAAGAAAACCGCCAAGCGCCCGCCGCCCAAGGAAGUCAAGUCGAAGGCGCGCACAGAGUCUAGCCUGCUGAAGAAGACGAAGAAGAGAGAAUAUACGGAGGAGGAACUGGGACUGCCCAAGCUGAAUGCGAUCACCCCCGUCGGUGUGGUAAAGCCCAAGGGCAAGAAGAAGGGCAAGACUUUCGUUGACGAUGCGGAGGGAAUGAUGACUAUCCUCGCUAUGGUAAAUGCGGAGAAGGAAGGACAGAUCGAAUCCAAGAUGAUGAAGGCUCGCCAGUUGGAGGAGAUCCGUGAGGCUAAGAGAAAGGAGGCAGAGGCUAGACAGGCGCAGAAGAAGUCUAAGCUGGAGGAUGCAAAGCAGUCCAUCCGCCAAAAACGCAAGCACAAGGGAGGCUCCAGCGAAACAAAGGAUGAGGCGCCAACCAAGGAGUCGUCUUCGAAGUCAAAAGGAAAGAAGAAGAGCGUUGCAUUUGCUUGA